AUGCAGUUUUUCGGUCUUCGACGGAUCGCGUACAGCCCCUCCGACUGGGAGCGCCACCGCGGCGGCGAGCUCGCUGGCCAGCAGGCCGGCUAUCCCUCCAGCGGCAGCCACGCGGGCCGCAACAUCGAGCUCAUUCAUCGGCGCGCGGAGGAGGCGGACGCGGCCGUGAGCCUGGAGGGCGCUGUGAGGGCGUGCCUGGGCGGGCGGGCCCGGCACGUCCUGGUGUGCAGCGGCUUCUUCGUCCUUCACGGGCGCCCCUGCGCCACCGCGGCGCUCGGGGGCAGCUGCGAGACCGACGGCCCCCUGGGCGCGCUGGCGCUGGUGCGCGCCAUCGCGUGCCGUGGCGUGCGCGUGUCGCUGUUCUGCGACGCGCACACGGGCCCCGUGCUGCGGGCGGGCUACGACGCCAUGCUGGCCCACUUCGCCGCGGCAGGCUCCCCCGCGGAGGGCGCGUUGCGGCGGCACAGCCGCUGCCUGCCCUUCGUCUCCGACGCCGGCCCGGCGGACGGCCCCGAGGCGGAGGACAGGAAUUCCGUGGGCACUUGGAGGCCUGCUUCCCAGGGGUGUCGCCAGACGUCGCGUCGCUGCCUGGGCGCAGCGUGCGCGUGGCCAGCGGGGUCGGCGAGGCCCUGCGCGCCGCGUGGCGCGGCGAGGAGCCUGUGCCGAUUGACUGCCUGUUCGCGCUCGAGCGGCUCGGGGCGCCCUACAGGAACAUUCGCGGCCUGGACAUUUCGAAGAAGAACGACGAGCACACGGAGCCAGUCGACUGCCUGUGGCCGCUGCUGGACAACGCCGCCGCCGGCGGGGGCGGUCGGGCGCCGCUGCGGCACGAGUCCGCGCGGGAGCUGCAGGCCUUCGCCGCGAGCGCGCUCGCCACGCCCGCCUCACUCGCGGCGCUGCGGGCACUGGCGGGGGUACAGCACGGCGCGGUGA